GUUGCAUUGAAAUCGUUUCAUCUUUCAUUUGCAUUUCAGCUGUCGAGUGAAACGCACGUACGCACGCCAAGGACCAGCAACGAUGGCAAACCAGAAAAUAGCACUGCUCAGCGUCUCGGACAAGACGGGUCUGUUGGAGCUGGGCAAGCAGCUGAGCGCUCUGGACUUUCAGCUAGUCGCCAGCGGUGGCACAGCAACUGCGCUGCGUGCCGCUGGCCUGAGCGUCAAGGAUGUCUCCGAUAUAACGGGCGCACCCGAAAUGCUGGGUGGUCGGGUGAAGACGCUGCAUCCUGCUGUACAUGCGGGCAUCUUGUCGCGCAUCACCAGCAGCGAUCUGGCUGAUAUGAAGAAACAGGAGUACAAUCUCAUCCAGCUGGUCGUCUGUAAUCUCUAUCCCUUUGCCAGCACCAUCGCCAAGCCGGAUGUCAGCCUGGCCGAUGCCGUGGAGAACAUUGAUAUUGGUGGCGUGACGUUGUUGCGUGCCGCAGCCAAGAAUCAUCAGCGUGUUACGGUCGUCUGUGAGGCCGUCGACUAUGCGAAAGUUCUGGCCGAGAUCAGUGCCAAGGGUGAUACCACGCUGGAGACGCGUCAAGCUCUGGCACUGAAGGCUUUUACGCAUACGGCCAGCUAUGACGAGGCCAUCUCUGAUUACUUCAGAAAGCAAUACGGCGCAGGCAGUUCACAGUUGACGCUGCGCUACGGCAUGAAUCCUCACCAGAAACCGGCGCAGCUGUACACAACGCUCGCCCAAUUGCCGCUCCGUGUGCUGAAUGCCUCGCCCGGCUUUAUCAAUCUCUGCGACGCGCUCAAUGGCUGGCAAUUGGUCAGGGAACUGAAGCAGGCACUGCAGCUGCCAGCGGCAACAAGCUUUAAGCACGUCUCGCCUGCUGGAGCCGCUGUGGGCGUGCCGCUCAACCCGGCCCAGGCUAGGCUCUGCAUGGUGGACGAUCUGUACGAGCAGCUGACGCCCUUGGCCACGGCCUAUGCACGCGCACGUGGAGCCGAUCGCAUGAGUUCCUUUGGUGACUUUGUGGCGCUGUCCGACAUCUGUGAUGUGGUCACAGCCAGGAUUAUUUCGCGUGAGGUCUCCGAUGGCAUCAUUGCGCCCGGCUAUGAGCCGGAGGCAUUGGAAAUUCUGAAGAAGAAGAAGAACGGCAGUUAUUGCAUUCUGCAGAUGGAUCCCAACUACGAGCCAACCGUUAUGGAGCGUAAGACCAUCUUUGGCCUGACCCUAGAGCAGAAGCGCAACGAUGCCAUUAUUGAUGCAAAUCUCUUCUCCAAUAUCGUCAGCAAACGUAAGCCGUUGCCCGAGUCCGCUGUGCGGGAUCUGAUUGUGGCCACCAUUUCACUGAAGUAUACCCAGAGCAAUUCCGUGUGCUAUGCACGCGAUGGCCAGGUGAUUGGCAUCGGCGCUGGGCAGCAGUCGCGCAUCCAUUGCACGCGCCUCGCUGGCGAGAAGGCGGACAACUGGUGGCUGCGCCAGCAUCCCAAUGUGGCCGCCAUGAAGUUCAAGGCGGGCGUGAAGCGUGCCGAGAUCUCAAACGCCAUUGACAACUAUGUGAACGGCACGGUGGGCAAGGACAUGCCAGUGGCGCAAUUCAAGGGCAUGUUCGAUAAGGCACCGGAACAGCUGACGACAGAGCAGAAACUUGACUGGCUGAAGCAGUUGAGCGGCGUGGCUCUCGGCUCCGAUGCAUUCUUCCCCUUCCGCGACAACAUUGAUCGUGCCAAACUUAGCGGCGUCUCCUACAUAGCCAGUCCGUCCGGCUCCACCAAUGAUGCGGGCGUCAUUGCCGCCUGUGACGAGCACGGCAUUAUUAUGGCGCACACCAAUCUGCGUCUCUUCCAUCAUUAAUUACCAUUUGAAGAGGAUC